AUGAACAGUGAGGAAAAAGAAAGUAGGCUAGGUUUUUUUUUUCUUUGGCAAGACAAAAAAAUUUAUUAUGUUUUCUAUGGCUAUUUUUUUAGGAUUCGCCCUAUCUAUCUAUCUAUCUAUCUAUCUAUCUAUCUAUCUAUCUAUCAUAGCCAGUUCAUAUCUAUCUAUCUAUCAGUAAUAAUCUAUCAUAGCCUGUUCAUAUCUAUCUAUCUAUCUAUCUAUCAUAGCUUGUUCAUAUCUAUCUAUCUAUCUAUCUAUCUAUCUAUCUAUCUAUCUAUCUAUCUAUCUAUCCCAAGCUGUUAUCUAUCUAUCUAUCUAUCUAUCUAUCUAUCUAUCUAUCUAUCUAUCUAUCUAUCUAUCUAUCUAUCUAUCUAUCUCAGUCUGUUCAUAUCUAUCAUCACACACGAAUUUUCCUUGGCUCCCUUUCCGCCCGCCAACCCGCCUCGUCCCUACUACGUCUCCCACAAACAUCCAAUUCUAUCUGUCUUACCCCAGCGAAAGCUCCUAACAUUUUUUUUUUACGGUUCUCGGCUUCUCCGUUCUCUCCCCUUAGUCGAUACUAACAGAUGUUUUUUUUCAGGAAACAAGCUUAUAUAUUGCCGAUGCUGCAACAGAAACGAUAAGGCUAUACACGGUCGAUGCACGGACGUGGCCGCUUCUGUCGUACGCUAUCGUGCGCGCGCAAAGACUGUGGUCCCCAAUAAUUUCGUUCCUAUCUAUCUAUCUAUCUCAAUCACUUCAUUAUCUAUCUAUAUAUCUAUCUUUUUGUGGGCUAAAUACUUUACAGAAUAA